AUCUGUGUAAAGUGUGAACCCAAGAAAUUAAAAGACAGCUAAUCGCAGCCUAAUUUAAGCCUACUUGCACUGUUUCGUAUCCUUCUUCCAUGAGACAAAGUCUUUGUAACAAAAGAGUUGACUUUAAAACGAUAAUUCUAUCAAAUAAUAAUUAGUAAGAAACUAUUAGCCCCUGCGCCCCAAUCAAUACCAGCGUCAUUUCUCUUCCACACCACUCCACUCUGUGAACUUCUUCUCCAAUCUCCACAUUGGAAAGAUCAGAAAUUCAGAAAUCACAGUCAACGGAAGAUGGGAAAUCCGGCCAAUCAACCUCCUCAAUCCACCAUGGCGGUUGCCGCAACCGGCGCCGUCCAUCAUCAUCAACAACAACAACAAUCUUCAACCUCAAUCACUCAUUUCAGCCAUCCACAUCCUCUGUUCCUCACCCAACAGGGCACCAAUUUCAAUGCCCAGUGUUCAGGAUGCAAACAAUUUGAUGCUUCGUCAGGACCCAUUUACACUUGCACACCCUGCAACUAUUCCCUCCACCAGAAAUGCUCCCAGAUGCCUCAGAGGAUCACUCAUCCGUUCGAUAAAAACAACCAUGUCCUUUCUCUGAUGACCAAACCGGCGUACCCGGAUGGCACUUUCACCUGUGAUGCCUGCGCAGAAUUGGGAUAUGGAUUCAAUUACCGGUGUGAAACGUGUGGGAUUGAUCUUCAUAUCCUCUGUGCUUCAUCUCCGAUGGUAAUCACCCGUCAAUUUCACCCGCAUCAGCUCAGCCUCACUUUUGCGCCUCCGUAUCCAAUCGGAACUUUCUCUUGUGAUGUUUGCCGGUUGGGUGGUUCCAAGAACUGGCUCUACCGCUGUCACAUCUGUGAAUUUGAUGUCCACUUGACCUGCGUGAACAAACCAUUGCCGCCGUCAAAUCCAACUCCUCUGCUCCAUCAGUAUUCUCUUCCGAAUUUUCCUUCACAAAAUUUGCCUCUGACCCAUCAGCAAUCUUUCCCAAAUCAGCAAUUUCAUCCCUCUUUGUCAAUGCCAAGGACAAAUUCUGCGCCUCCACAUUUGGGUGCCCCAAUCAUGGCCAACAAUCUCGGCCAGCCUGGAAUGGGCCUUGUUCACUAUAACUCUGUUUCGCCGGCGGCUGGGGGAUUUCAACAAGCUGGGGGAAUUCAACAAUUUCAGACUCCGGCUCAUGGUGUGCCGACAAUGGCAACUCCUGCUCCGACACCGGGGUUUGUAGCUCAACACCAAUUUGCCGGCGGCCCUCGACCCAUCAUGGCCAACGGCGUUUACGGGCCACAAAUGAUGCCUGCGCAGCAGCAAAACACGCUCGGGAACCAGAUAGCUUGCAGUAUUGCCAAUGGCAUCGCUAGUGGAGCUUCUCAAGCGCUUGCGCAAGAAAUUAUUCCCGGAAUCUUUGGCAGCGGCGGUGGCGGCGGCGGAAAUGGUGGAGGAGAGAAAGAUAUGACAGGUUUCAGCUCAGGGGCUGAUGUUGUUUCGGUGGAUCAAAGUUCUUAUUCCGAUGGAAGUUUCGGUCAAGUUGAUGGAGGAUACGAAGGAGGAGGAGUAGAUGCGUCGUACUCAUGAACCUUUGCAAUUCAAUGUUGUCAUUUCCGCAGCCAUGGACGUUUCAAACUUUCAAUUUCCUUGUGGAUUUUCACCGAAAUAGUACUUUUAAUUUAAUUUUCUGGGUUUCAACUAAAUUUGGUGUAUGUUUUUGUCUUUAAAUUUAUAUAUUCAUCCCUCUAAAAUGUACAAUUGCAAACUUGUUGAAAUUUAUUGGUUGUAUUAUUUGUUCCUACUGAUUUUUUAUUUGAUCUUUCUCUUUUCUGCGUAGUAUUGUUUGCCGAGAU